AUGGAGGGGUUGCGAGAGGGAUUAUUAAAUGAACUCAUUAAAUCCAUGAAUACGAGGGGACAAGCCGCCGUACCUCACAUGACACCCAAGAGGGAACCUGUCAUACCUGCGAGGAUCAAGAACGAACCCGUCACCCCUGCGAAACCGGGAACGUCCAAGAUUCCUUUUCUCACAGCUCCAUCCCAAAAGAUACAAAAAACGAAACGAAAACUUUCUGUUCCCACACCGCAAAAACAUUGCACGGAGUUGGAACGACCCAGAGAAUUUGGUAACUAAGAACCUUGAGUAAAGAGAGGUUAUGACCCGUAUCAAGCGUUUGAAGAUGACGAAACCCCAAAGUCGAGGAAAGGCAAAGGGAGGGGCAAGAACCGUCCAAGCUAAGCCUAAAAGGAAACGACAGAGUAAAGGAAAAUUUGAGAAUCAGAAAUGGAUUUCAAAGUUAGGUGUCGAGUUUCAUUGGCCUGGAUACCAGUAUAUGGGUCCAGGUACAAAAUUAGCCAAGCGAUUAAAACGUGGUGAUCCAGGAAUUAAUCGUCUUGAUAGAUUAGCCAAACAGCACGAUAUUGAUUACAGUAAAGCUAAAUCACUCGCUGACAAACAUAUUACAGAUCGUAAGAUGGUAACUGGUAUCGAUAAGUUUCCAGGCAAGAAGAGUUUAACCGAGCAAAUUGUUAAGCGAAUCAUGCAAGCUAAACUUAGAACAAAAUUGUAACACCUCUACAAUGAUGAAAUAAAACUUGUGAAAAUGCAACAAAGUGUGUGUCUCCGGUUCAUUUGUAGUUGUGUCGUUAUCGAGAGCACAUCAUGUCAGGUAAUACUUUUUACUUGAUUGACGUUACCCAGUAACGACAGGAGUCUGAAAUAUUUUUCAGACAACAAAAUCAAUUCUUGGAAAAAUCGAUUAGACAAACGCAUCGAUUUAAAAGGAGAGUGGGAAGUGGGAUUGAGUAGUAUUUCGCUUCCACACGAUUCUAAGAUUUCCAGUUACCUCAAAGGAUUAAAAGACGAUGAUGUCUUGCUAACCACAGGACGAAUUAAAGUAGCCACUGGGGAUAUACAACAUAAAGUGACUUACAAUGUCACAUAUGAAGACAUCAAACAACAUCGUAUCGAGACAGUUCACGAUUUACUCAAAUCCUUGUUUGAUGAAGAACGUUUUAAAUGUAUUAUGAAUAUGGGUUCGGCGUUUAGGAGUCAUUUUUCUUCAGGACACAGCGCACAAUUUGAAGUUAUUGCGGACGAGGAUAAAGAAACGAUUACUGUGACAGCAGACAAGGUAAAAUCGACUGAUAUAACUCAUCAAGAAGUUCGUGACGGUCUCUAUUUUGAGUUACCUCGAGACAUGUCUGAGUUGUUUGGUUGGACGAAA